AGACACCUCUACUCCGAGUCCGCGCGACCUGACAAGAAGGCGAGGGGGUUGCGGUGUCCCCGCUGGGGCCGGGCCGGGACAGGACCAGGACCAGGACCAGACCAGGACCAGGCCAGGCCGGAGAGGCUCGAGCGAGGCGAGCAGGAGCCGCGGCGCCUGUUCACAUCCCUCUCCUCCUGCGCCUCCGCCUUCUCUGCCUCCAACCCAUUGGGGAGGGGAGAAGAUUGCAAAGGCGGGCAAGGAGUGAGGAGCGAUUUAUUUUCGGUAAACUCAAAGCACAUAAGAGGAAAGAAAAGGACGUUAUAGACUAAAAUGGCACAGCUUGCCUUCUAUCUGUCUAUUAUUUUACUGGUGUUCCUGCAGGCGGUAACAGCAGAUUUCAUGGACAGACUUGCAGAAAAAAAACUUUGCGUCGAUGAAGAAUGCAUCUAUGUUAUCUCCAUUGCCCAAGUAAUGGAUGAUUACAUUGCACCGGACUGCAGGUUCCUCAACCUCAGGCGAGGACAGCUGUUGUAUGUGUACACCAAACUGGUGCCGGAAAGCGAAUCUGGUGAAUUCUGGUCUGGCAGUAUUUACAGUACUGAUGAGUAUGUGGACCAGAUGGGUAUUGUUGGUUAUUUCCCCAACACUACGGUUGAAGAGCAGCACGUUUUCCAAAAAGCAAAACUACAAAUUGCUACAACUGCUAUUGAUUUUUUCUGUGACUAAUGAUAAUGAUCCAGGCAUCAAUCUGUGUGAUAAAAGGUGUACAGAACUUAAUGGAGAGAAUCCAUUGAGCGCUGGAUUCUGAGAGAUAUUCCUUUUCCAUAUUUCAACGGUAUAAAUAUGAAUGUACAACAUAGACUGAAGCGUAGGAAGAAAGAAAACCUAAGUUCUUUGCAAUCACGUGCAGUCCUUUUGAUGAAAAGUUAAACUAAGAUCCUGGGUGGACGUUAAAGAUCCCGUGGACCUACUCGAGAAGAGAAGGGAGUUUCCAACUGCUUGUUGGAAAACAGUCCCAGGAUACAAUGAAGUUAUUCACUUCAAGGCGGUUUCUGGGACAUAGAAAACCAAAACAGAAGUCGCUGAGAACACUCAGCAGGUCAGGCAGCCUCUAUGGAGAAAGGAAAGUGAGUCAACGUUUCGGGUCUACAACCGUUCAUCAGAACCCUUCGUCUUCCAGCAUCUGCAGUAUUUUGCAUUCUGGGACAUUGAUGUGUGUGAUGUUGGACAUUGGCUGCCGUGUUUGCCUAAAAAAUACACAGCCACUACACUUUACAGGAAAGCCUGUGAAGUUCUUUGACGUAUCCUGCAAAGUGAGAGGUGCCUAUCAAAUGCAAGACCAUUAUUAAUAUAUUCUUACAGCUACUGGAACUUGCUUAGUAAAGUAAUUAGGUAUUUUCCUUACCAGCGCCUUGGGAUGUCCUCCCGAUGUGAAAGGCACUAUACAAAUGUAAUGUUGUUGUUGUUGUACAUGGAGUAGCUGCUUGUACAAGUCUGCUUUCUCUUCAUACAGCUAUGUCUGUAUUGCUUGAAAUAGGUAUUUUAUAGAUUCUAUGUUAACUUACAGACUGAAGUACAAUGGAAUCCCGUUAAAUAGUAUUGGGCAUAUGACUAAAUAAAUUACAUUUACAAGCAUAUGCUGGCGUCUAAUGUGUGAUGAAUGUUAAAUGAAGGUUCCCUUGUUUAAGGUAAUGUAAUU